AUGUCCAAUCUAUAUAACCACAGGUCAGUAGGACCUUCAACAGCAGCAGGCAGACUGGCAGAGCUUCUGGAAGCUGUUAGGAAUGAGUUUGACAAUAUUGCACAAGAGGCAAUAACAUUUCGGAAUCAUAAAGAUGAUUAUGAACACAAAGUUACUUCACAAAUUCAAGAAAUGCAAACAAUUCGACAAACGAUUUAUGAAUUAGAGAUGGCACACCAAAAAAUGAAACAGUCUUAUGAUGAAGAAAUUGCACGGUUACGGCGUGAACUUGAAUCACGGGGGAUUCAUGUACCACCAACAUCACAAUCAACACUUACCAGGAUUUCAAAUCCACCUAACCUUCCAUUUCCACCUCCAAAUAUUGGGUUAAAUACACAUCCAGCAGGACGGACACCAAAUCAUGGUGAUCUAAAAUCAUGCCUCACACUUCUCGAUACAGGCCAGUCAACGCUCCCACUUCCAUACCCAAAUACUGGAUAUCCUCCGGCAAAUAAUGCACACUCACUGCAAAGUUGUCCUCAACAUUCUAAUAAACGGAUUUGCACCGAUGCAAAUAUAGACAGUAAUACAUAUAACUUGCCGAAGACUUCGAAUUAUUCUACUUUGCCUGGGUCUUCUUCACCUUUAGGAAAGCGAAAUAAGCCAUUAACAGGCCGCAGCGAAACGACAUCGAACACUUUUAUUUCGGUUCAGCCAUCUCCAAUACGAUCAGUUGCACCGCCUACUGCGUUGGCAGCAACAGUUCCUCCUGUGCCUUCUGUUCCUCUUGGGCAAUCUUCUAUCUCUAUAGCUGAUAUGGAUCCAGAUAUGGUUCCCAGAGAAUUAAAAAAAGAAGGCAGUGACUGGACAGUUUUAUUUAACCCAAAUGUACCACGUAUAUUAGAUAUUAAUCUUAUUCAUACAUUGGAACAUCAAAGUGUUGUUUGCUGCAUACGGUUUAGUCAUGAUGGGGAAUAUCUUGCCACGGGGUGCAAUCGAGUGGCAUUGAUUUUUGAUGUGAAAACAGGCAAACGAUUAACUGUUCUUCAAGAUGAGUUAGCUGAUUGGGAGGGGGAUUUGUAUAUAAGAAGUGUUGCAUUUAGUCCAGAUGGAAAGUACCUUGCGACAGGCGCGGAAGACAAACGAAUUCGAGUAAGUCUUAUGAUGAUUAUGACAAUGCGUAGACAAUUUUUUUUGACAAAUAAGAAUAUCUGGGAUAUUGCGAAAAAGAAAGUACGACAUUUAUUUACGGGACAUGAACAAGAUAUUUAUUCACUUGAUUAUAGUCAAAAUGGGAAAUUUAUUGCAUCAGGAAGUGGUGAUCGUACCACUCGUGUCUGGGAUAUUGAAACAGGACAUUGUAUUUUGACACUCAGCAUUGAAGAUGGUGUAACUACUGUUGCUAUUUCACCUGACAGUCGUUACGUUGCAGCUGGAAGCUUGGACAAGGUUGUGCGUGUUUGGGAUGCUAAAACAGGCUAUCUCGUUGAACGGUUCGAAGACCAUAAAGAUAGUGUAUACAGUGUCGCUUUUACACCAAACGGUUGUGGCUUGCUUAGUGGAAGUCUUGAUAAAACAAUUAAACUUUGGGAAUUAACUGAUAAUGAGGCCUCUCCUGCCCCUAAAAAUGGUCUUUGUAAAGCUACUCUUACUGGGCAUAAAGACUUCGUACUUAGCGUUGCAAGUUCUCCUGAUGGGCAUUGGGUACUUAGUGGUUCCAAAGACCGUGGUGUCCAAUUUUGGGACUAUCAUGGCCGCGCACAACUUGUCUUACAAGGUCAUAAAAACUCUGUUAUCUCUGUCGCUGUCUCGCCAACUGGCCGACUCUUUGCUACUGGUUCUGGUGAUUGUCGUGCACGUAUAUGGGAAUAUGUUACACAGUCUUGA